AGUGUCAACGGUCAACCACCCGAGUUUUUUUUUAUUUUAAACAGAGUCUUGGUUAUCAUGCAAUUAUUGUUCUAGACGCCGCCCGGACCUCCAAAUAUUCAACUCGGCAAACGGAAAACGAUAAGGAAGAAUGGGGCGAACGAACAGUUUGCAAGAGCCAGGAAUCCGCUGACCGCUGCAAAUUUCACAAAUCUAUAAGAGGGAAGAAGAAAUCCACGGCGGCGGCAGGCGGCACCGCACAAUUUCAGGUAUCGGAGGUGAGGAUAAAGGGAUACUCGAUGACAAAAUUGAAUUCAUAAGAGACGGCAAUGAUGGAGACUAACGGCGACGGCGGCGGUACUACCGGCGGAGGAAGCAGCAGCGGCAAGAGGAGCGAAAUCGGAAAACCAAUCAUAGGCAUGGUUUGCGGUACGCUGGUGUACUACCACUGCGCUUAUCGGAAUUCAAGCCUUCUCUCCCUCCUCUCCGACGUCCUCAUCGUCCUCCUCUGCUCCCUCGCCAUUCUCGGCCUUCUCUUCCGCCAAUUGAACAUCUCGAUUCCUGUGGAUCCACUGGAGUGGCAGAUCUCUCAGGACACUGCUAAUAGCAUCGUUGCGUGGUUUGCUAACACCGUAGGAGCAGCUGAAUCUGUGUUGAGGGUUGCAGCGACUGGACAUGACAAGAGGUUAUUCUUCAAGAUACGAUGCGUUGUGAAGAAUCCUAAUACUUGCUAUAUGUUCCCUCCUCAGGUUGUAAUCUGUCUCUACACGCUAUCGGCAUUGGGACGAUUGGUUUCAGGGGUCACAGUUGCAUAUGCUGCAUUGUGCAUGUUCUGCCUCUACAUGCUGGCCGACAACUCGGAAACAUGCAGCAGUUGUCUCUCUUGGUUGCUUGGCCGAAGCAACAGCACUUCUGCAGAAUCAGAUAGCUAACCAGCCAAGCUCAAAUCAGUUUUGUUAGACCAAAGUAACAUUACGUCUGUGGAAUUCGAUCGCUAGCGAGCUAAGCUCAAUCAAUUCACAAAUCACAAAUCUUGUGUCAUCGUUUCUCCAUGUAACUACUUGAGGGAGUUGGUUUUUUUCUGUACAUAUAAGACAGCUCAUUUAUUGUUAGAGCUUUGCAUGAACUCCUCUGCUCAUCUCUAUUCAAUCAAAUGUGCAUAAAAUAAAAUUCAUUGUGGACAAUUUCGUCGAAGGGCAACUUCUGUAGCA